AGACUCAAGAGAGCACCUACUCCCCUACACACAGCCACAGAGUCACCAUGUCUUCCAGCGGAGAGAAGUCCAAGGCUGCCUCCCAGACCGACGGGAAGGCCGCCCAGGGCAGGGGUCAGAGGCCAGAGGGUGGCAUGAUGUCCUACAAGAUGUGCGUGUUCGACCAGGAGAACUUCCAGGGCCGCUGUAUCGAGAUCACUAACGAGUGUAUGAAUGUGUGUGACAUGGGCAUGGACAGAGUGCGCUCCCUGCGUGUGGACUGUGGCCCUUUUGUGGGCUACGAGCAGAUGAACUUCUGCGGUGAGAUGUACAUCCUGGAGAAGGGAGAGUACCCCCGCUGGGACUCCUGGAGCAACUGCCAGAAGAACGACUACCUGCUCUCCUUCAGACCUGUCAGAAUGGACCCUGAGAAGCAUAAGAUCUGUCUGUACGAGGUUGGCGAGUUCAAGGGUCGCAAGAUGGAGAUCAUCGAUGACGACGUGCCCAGCCUAUUUUCUUAUGGCUUCACUGACAGAGUGGGCAGCAUCAUGGUCAGCUGUGGAACCUGGGUGGGCUACCAGUUUCCUGGUUACCGUGGUAGCCAGUACCUGCUGGAGAAGGGCGAGUUCAGACACUUCAACGAGUAUGGCGCCCGCUGUCCCCAGUUCCAGUCCGUGCGCCGCAUCCGCGACAUGCAGUGGCACCAGGAGGGCUGCUACACCAUGGCCAGCAAGUGAGGGAUCCGGAGGGCGAGAAAGAGAGGGAGCGCGGGUGAGGGAAAGGGAAGAGAGGGGGGAGGAGGAG